AUGGGAUCUAUGAAGAGUCUGAGGGUCUCAGCUCAGCCUAGCAAACUAGCUGAGGGCCCACGCGCGACCUUGCACCCCACUGGCUCUCUCCCCUCCACCGCCGCUCUACUCUGCAGAGCUGGGGUCCAGGCCCCUCUCCGCGGACGGCCCCCUCCCCGCUGGGCCUCGGGGUCCUCUCCCGCCCGGGAGGAGAGAAGGCGGGAAGGGGAACCGCGGCCGGACCGGGGUCGGACCGUUACCCUCGGUAAGCCGCGGGCUGCCGGGCUCUCUGCUCCUCUCCGCGGCGCCCAUGUCCAGCUCCCGGCCGGGAGAGCGCCCUCCUCCAGCUCCUCCGCCUGCUCCUCCUCCUCCUGCACCUCCUCCGCCUCCUCCGCCUCCUCCGCCUCCGCCUCCUCCGCCGCCGCCUCCGCCGGCCGCCCGGACUGCGGGGCUGCUGCGGUCGUCUCGGCCCGGCUCGGCGCAGCCGCUCGGCUCCUUGGCCCCGCGCAGCGGCCCGCUCUCCAGCACCUCCCGCUUAUAGAAAUGGGACGUCGAUCAUCAGACACCGAAGAAGAAAGCAGAAGCAAGAGAAAAAAGAAACAUCGUAGACAGUCAUCUUCCAGCAGUUCUUCUGAUAGCAGAACAUAUAGCCGAAAGAAAGGUGGAAGAAAAUCGAGAUCAAAGUCGAGAUCUUGGUCCAGAGAUCUUCAACCUCGUUCCCAUUCUUAUGAUAGAAGACGCAGGCAUCGGUCAAGCAGUAGCUCUUCUUAUGGCUCUAGAAGAAAACGAAGUCGAAGUCGUUCAAGGGGUCGAGGGAAAUCUUACAGAGUUCAGAGGUCUAGGUCUAAAAGCAGAACAAGAAGGUCCAGGUCAAGACCUCGUCCACGUUCCCAUAGUCGAAGCAGCGAAAGAUCCAGUCACAGAAGAACCCGUAGUAGGUCCCGGGAGAGAGAUCGACGUAAAGGCAGAGAUAAAGAAAAAAGAGAAAAAGAUAAAAGCAAGGAUAAAGAAUUACACAUAAAACGUGGGGAAACUGGAAACAUCAAAGCUGGAUUAGAACAUCUGCCACCAGCUGAACAGGCCAAAGCCAGACUCCAACUAGUUCUUGAAGCUGCUGCAAAAGCUGAUGAAGCAUUGAAGGCCAAAGAAAGAAAUGAGGAGGAAGCAAAGAGAAGAAAGGAGGAAGACCAAGCCACCCUGAUAGAACAAGUAAAAAGAGUAAAAGAAAUUGAAGCUAUUGAAAGCGAUUCUUUUGUUCAGCAGACAUUCAGAUCAAGUAAAGAAGUCAAAAAGUUAGUGGAACCCAGUGAAGUGAAACAUACAACUUCAGCAUCAGGACCAGCUUCUGUAGUUGCUGAACCACCCAGUGUUGAGAAAGAAAUAGACCCUAGUAGCAUCCCUACCACCAUCAAGUACCAAGAUGACAAUUCUCUGGCUCAUCCAAAUUUAUUUAUUGAAAAAGCUGAAGCUGAGGAAAAGUGGUUCAAGAGAUUAAUUGCUCUCCGACAAGAGAGAUUAAUGGGCAGUCCUGUGGCCUAAGUAAUAUAUUGGUUAAAUCAACAGUAACUUUGAAAAUUUAGGUUUUUGAACCCCAGUAUUAAUUUUUACUAUUAAAAAGCUUAUUAUAUAAAAAUGUGAUAUCAUUCCAUCCUCUCAUGUAGGCUUGAAUAUUUGUUGGUUUGAACUGAAUCAAACAUUGUGAAUAGCAAAACUAGAAUAAAAUUGUAAAAUGCAUGAAAAUGUUGUACCAUUAAUAAAGCUAAUCAUAAAAA